AAAGCCUCUGGUCUUAUAAUGCUACGCAGAGGGCUACUAUGACAGUCUGUGUCACUGAAUGACGGCCUCUUCCCAAAAUACAAGUUAAAGCCCAGGUGACAACUUCUAGGCUGUAGGGAAAAUCCACACCAAGACAGCCUCUAUUCUGCAAGGCAAGGGUUCCACUCUAUCCAGGAGCCCAGCCAGGAAAGCUUUUGUAGCCUACCAUCUAAUAUUUACCAGCCACCUAUCCAAAGCCAGUUGUCACCAACAAAAACCCAGGACAGUCGUGAAACCUCUCCUAUGAGUGUCUGUAAUUUCCCAUCUGUUUCCUCUAUGUACCAACCAACCAUGUUUAACUACGAACGGCCAAAACACUUUAUCCAGGCUAAGAAUAUGUGUCAAGGGCAACAGCAGCCUCCAGGACCCGCAGCUUCUACAGAGUCAAGCAGACCAAUCAAACAGUCCUCCAUCCUAAUACAACCUCGUAACCCUAGUGGGCAGAAAUUUUCUUCCUCUUCAUCGCUGAGCUCUUCAAUCACGCUCUCCUCGCCUUCCUGUAGUGCCCCCAAGGAAUCCACAUAUCCCGUCACACCUGCAUCUGCGCAGUCUCCUGCUAGCUCAUCAUCUGGGCACCGGCUUAUAUCCAUGCCUAACCAACCCCCUGCAGCAUUCCUGUGCUCAGUGUUACCCUCGCAGCCUGAAUAUAACAGCCAAGCUCCUUCUCCUAUGGAUCCUCAUUACUCAAAACCGAUGUAUAACAAACAAGCCAGCAUCAAGUCUAUGCAGAAGACAUCAGACUACGAGCUUCGAGGAACAAAAGAGGCCCUCAUUCAGGACCUGGAAAGGAAACUUCGAUGCAAAGACAACCUUCUCCAGAAUGGUAACCAGCGGUUAACUUAUGAAGAAAGAAUGGCUCGCAGGCUACUUGGACCAGAAAAUGCUGCAUCUGUGUUUGAAGCACAGAGUGAAGAAAGUGCGCAGAAUGCACAGCACCAGAAUGCAGAAAACAUCAGGUUGCAGGUUCCUACAACACACGUAAGGAGCAGACCAUCAUCAAGAGGAGAUGAACAUGGACAUGACGCAAUCCAGGAAAAAUUUUUUCAGCCACGUUUUACACAAGUGCCUGAAGAUGUAAUUAUUGAGGAGGGGCGAUUCUGCAGACUCGACUUCAAAGUUAGUGGGCUGCCAACUCCAGAUGUGAUGUGGUAUCUGAAUGGAAGGAUGGUUCAUCAAGAUCAGUUCCAUAAAAUGAUUGUGUCAGAAAAAGGAUUCCACUCAUUUAUUUUUGAAGCAGUCAAAUCAUCUGAUGCAGGGACAUAUGAAUGUGUGGCUGUCAACCGUGCAGGGGAAGCUUCUUUCACAGUAAAAGUGGAAGUAAUUGCAAAAGAACAUCAUACUCCUCCAACUUUCAUCUUCAAACCACAAAGCAAAAAAGUUUUUGAAGGAGAUACAGCCAGACUCGAAUGCCAGAUCUCUGCUAUCCCAACACCUCGGAUUUACUGGAAAAGAAACAAUGAAAUGGUACAAUAUAAUACAGACCGAAUAAGCUUGUUGCAUGACAAUACUGGAAGGAUUUGCCUCCUGAUUCAUAAUGCAAACAAGCAAGACGCUGGUUGGUAUACAGUAUCUGCUGUUAAUGGAGCAGGUGUGGCCACAUGCCAUGCCAGACUGGAGGUUGCAACGCAUGCAAAAAAGCCAGUUCCAGCCCCUAAGCAGUUACGUGUUCGACCAACUUUCAGCAAGUAUUUGGCACUCAAUGGUAGAGGACUGGAUGUGAAACAAGCUUUCUCACCAGAAGGAGAGUUUCAACGUUUGGCUGAGCAGUCUGGACUGUAUGAAAGUGAUGAACUUUAACUGGAAAUGAAGAAAGAAAAUUCACUUGCACCUAUAAGAGACACUUAAAACAUAGAUGCAGUUAAAUGGUGAUUGCUCUAACUAGCAAAAUACCUAUCUAUAUAUUUUUACUUUGACUCUUGCACAUUCUGCUGUUCCAAUUUUACCACGUUAGAUUUUAUUUAUAUGGGGUGGUGAAUGUAACCAUUUACUGAGUAUUAUAUUUUAACCAUACAGCCCAAGAAAGCAGGGCAAUUAGUUUUUACAAGUGUAGGUGGUUUUAGUUACACCUGUGCUUGAUUACAUGCUAAAGUAGAUGAUUGGUUUGUACUGCUUCUCUAAUAUCACUCUUGAUAAUAUCAGAACUCUGUGCUGCCUGAAUACUAUAAACCAAAUAGAUUAGAGUGUUUUUAUGAGAAUUUGUCAAAGACAAAUAAAAUUUUAAGU